AGCUAUCAUUUUUAGCAGCGUAUAUAAUUGAUUUUUCUUAUGUUAAAGAAGCUCUGUUACAAUGCCAAUUUUAUUUUUGUUUAAAAAUGAAAUGACAGUAAUUUAAAGUAAUACGUAAUUUUAUAAAUGAUACAUAUCAUGAAGCCCAAAGGUGUUGUAGCUGAUGAAAUGUUCCCUGAAGGAGCUGGUCCAUAUAUGGACUUAGAAGAAGCUGGUGGAUCUAGUGGUCUCCUUAUGGAUUUAGCUGCAAAUGAAAAAUCAGUUCAUUCUGAUUUUUUUAAUGAUUUUGAAGACCUAUUUGAUGAUGAAGAUUUGGCUUGAAAUUAUUUGAUGUCUGCAUAUUGUAUGAAGUUAUGUAUGAAAUCAUUGUAUUUUCUUUCAUUAUUGAUGUCAUCUGUAUUUUUAUUUCAACUCUGUCAGAAUCUGUUGUAACAUAGAAAUAAAGAUCAUUGAUAUGGUA